AUGGAAAACGACGAGCAGUCGUUGCCUAAAGCGACCAUCAACAAGAUGAUCUCGGACAGCAUCCCGGAAGGUUUACGAUUGAGCAACGACUUGAGAGAUUUACUUCUCGAAUCGUGCACGGAAUUCGUCCUCUCCAUAUCCUCCGAAGCGACGGAUAUCAGCACGAAAGAGAACAAAACGACGAUAACACCGGAACACGUGAUUGCUGCGCUGAAAAAACUAGGUUUUGAUGAUUUUAUCGACGAGUGCACGAAAGAGAUGGAGAUUGAGAAAGACGUUGCCAAAGACAAGAGAAUUGAAAAGAAGAAGAAGAAAGACAUGGGCAUGUCGGCGGAGGAGGCGAUGGCUCUGCAGGCAAAAAUGUUCGCCGAGGCUAAAGCGAGAAUGGCUGGUCAACAACAAGGAGGACCUUAA